CCUCAGGGCUCCAGAAGACCUUUCCAGAUUCGUGGUUGAGCUGCAGCAGAGAGAGCUUGCCCUGAAAGACAAGAACAGCACCAUCACGAGCAGCGCCCGGGGCCUGGAGAAGGCCAGGCAGCAGCUCCAGGAUGAGGUCCGCCAGGUCAGCAGUCAGCUGCUGGAGGAAAGGAAGAAGCGUGAGACCCACGAGGCGCUGGCCCGGAGGCUCCAAAAGCGAGUCCUGCUGCUGACGAAGGAGCGGGACGGCAUGCGGGCCAUCCUGGGCUCCUAUGACAGCGAGCUAACCCCAGCUGAGUACUCACCCCAGCUGACCCGGCGCAUGCGGGAGGCCGAGGACAUGGUGCAGAAGGUGCACGCCCACAGCACAGAGAUGGAGGCUCAGCUGUCACAGGCCCUGGAGGAGCUGGGAGGCCAGAAACAAAGAGCAGACAUGCUGGAGAUGGAGCUGAAGAUGCUAAAAUCUCAGUCAAACUCAGCUGAGCAGAGCUUCUUGUUCUCCAGAGAGGAGGUGAAUACACUCAGGUUAAAGAUAGAGGAACUAGAACGGGAGCGGAGUCGACUGGAGGAAGAGAAGAAGAUGCUAGAGAUGCAGCUUGAGAGGCGUACCCUGCAGGGCGACUACGACCAGAGCAGGACUAAAGUGCUGCAUAUGAGCCUGAACCCCAGUAGCAUGGCCAGGCAGCGCUUGCAUGAGGACCAUGAACAGCUGCAGGCAGAAUGUGAGCGGCUACGUGGGCUCGUGCAUGCCCUGGAGAGAGGAGGCGCCGUCCCAGCCAACCUUGAGGCUGCAGCAUGUCUGCCGUCAUCCAAGGAGGUGGCAGAGCUGAGGAAGCAGGUAGAAAGUGCCGAGCUGAAGAACCAGCGGCUGAAGGAGGUUUUCCAGACCAAGAUCCAGGAAUUCCGCAAGGUCUGCUACACACUCACGGGCUACCAGAUCGACAUCACCACGGAAAACCAGUACCGGCUGACUUCGCAGUAUGCUGAGCGCCAAACCGACUGCCUCAUCUUCAAGGCCACAGGCCCCUCCGGCUCCAAGAUGCACCUGCUGGAGACGGAGUUCUCGCGCACGGUGGCCGAGCUCAUCGAGGUGUACCUGCUGCGCCAGGACAGCAUCCCUGCCUUCCUCAGCUCCCUCACGCUCGAGCUCUUCAGCCGCCAGACCGUGGCCUAGCCCGCGGCCCCCACUGAGGGCCUCCGGCAGCCGGAGCCUGCUCCCCUCCUGCACAGCCCGGGCUGAGUGCAGGGCC